UGUUCAAUUAUUUAGGCACCCAAACAACUCACCCAAGGCACACCGGCUGGAGAUGGCAAGUAAUCAACCAGAUGAUGUAACCUGCGAUGAUGUUGCCAGAAGAAGAAGAAGAAGAGAAACGAACACACAGAAUUUUGGAAAAGCAACUCGGCCGCAACAACGUAGCUCUUGUGCGUGUGUGCCUGCUGGUAGUGAAUUUUAGUGUUUUCCGAUGUUUUGCUUCCGUCUAGCAGCGUAAAUUAGCGUGCGGAACACCUUGGCCGAAAUGCACUCGAUGUAAAACUAUCCAACAUCUCUCUCACUCUGUGUGCAGCACGAUUGUUGUUGGCCGUGCUACGUUUUCACCACAAUGGAGGAUUUGUUUUUGUUUCCUCCGUCGCUCCAGUAGGCGAAUUGCGAAUGUGCUAAUCCAGCUGGCUAAUAGGGCCCCAGUCGCUGGUGAAUAUCGGUGUGGAGUUGUGGAAUAAUCGUUCCCCGUGUGUGAUUGUGCGUGUGUGUGUGUUGUCGAGCUUAGAUGGUGUGGCAAGCGUCGUAGUGUGCCCAGCCUCACCAUGUUCACCAAGAAGGCCAAUAUCGAUUUGAAAAAGUCGACCCAAAAAAUACAAGACAGCAAGAAAGAUUCCGCUGCCCGACUGCGGCACCUGAAAACUAUACUCGAACACGUGGACAGCGAUGAGGCGAAAAAUCUGUUCGAGGCCAACUACAGUCACGUCUACUACAUCCUUUACGAUACCUUUGUCCAGGCCGAAGCGAAUCUGAAGCAGCGUGUGCAUAAAACGCAUCGCGAAGAACUGGAUGGAUCGUUAUGGCUGUUGAGCAAAAUACUCUGCCUUUUGCCGGAACUGGUGCAGCGGCGCUGGCAGUGUCACUCGCUCGGACGCAUCCUUGCGAAGCUUCUUCAUUACGGCAACAGUGUGAAGCUGCGCCGCGAGGGUGUGAAGUACUUCCUGCUCUGGUACCAAGCGCUUGGCGACAAUGCGCCACCGUUCGUGCACGGCAUGUUUACCGAGCUGGUGCCGGGGCUGUCUGUACCGCAGCGCGGCAAGAACGCUUCAGCCGUUCCGUCCGACAGCGAGUUUAUCGCGACCGACCUGCUGAACCACCCAAACCUAAAGGGCGAGCUGGGAGGGUCCGUCUUCCACGACACAACCGCCACGCAUCCGGUAAAGUCGCCCGAGAUUCAGCCGCUCAUUCCGCCGAGCUCGAGCGAACGGACGGCAGCGCCCGACCCGCGGGACGGGCUGGAAAUACUGCUUGACUGCAUGGUACAGUCCUGCGGGUGCUUGAAAUGGCGUGACAACAGUCCCCAGCGCCACAUUCGGACAUUCAACUUUCUGCUAACCAAGUUCCGCGAACAGUACCUGCCCGUCUUCUGCCCUUCGUUCGACUACAGCACGUCGGUGUACGAGCCGAAGCUCGAUCUGCCCGUGAUCCGCAGCGUCUCUAAGCGCGAGGAAGUGAUGAGCUCGUGUGUGGUGGUGCUCAUCAUAUGGAUCGCAAAGUACACGCACGAGCGGCACGUAAACAGCAAGCUGGAGCAGAUACUGUCGAUCGAGGACGAGCCGUGCGCCGGAUCCGGAGGUGCAUCGCUCGACCAUGCCAGCCUGCUGUCUAACCUGCGCCACAUGGGCUACACACAGACGCAGCUAGUGCGCGACGUCCUGUACUCGAGCCGCGAGACGGUCAAUUUUGUGCACGAGAUUUAUCGCCAGGCAUUUCUCAUGGCGUUCACCUCCAAGUCACAGAUUGAAGCGAUGCGUAUCGCCAUCUCCGUCUACCGAGACUGGAUGAGCAGCAUACCGCCUCCGCCGUUUCUGCUGGAACCGGACCUGGAGGCUAUGCCGGUGGCAGCGGGAUCCCCUGGUGGUGGUGCUGGUGCUGUUGCACCCGCGAUGGAAAUGAUCCCGAUGACGGCAGGCAAUAGUCGCCCGGGCAGCCAGCGAUUGCGUACCGAUUCCUACCUCGGCGCAAUGAUGAUGACCAAGGAAAAUGGGUCCAUUCGAGCGGGACUGCAAAACGUGCUUCAGGUGUUUGUGACGAACGCGGUGAACGUGUUCAUGGUCAACACGGCCCACCUGAAUUUGCACUUUCAAUCGAAAACCAAUGCCGACGGGUACGCCACACCGCUGGACGAGCAGACGGACAUUUGCAAGCGAGUGCUCAACAUCUACCGCACGAUGGUGAUGAAGACGCGCAUGGAGGCGAAAACCUGGGAGCAGCUGUUGCUGGUGCUGCUGCAAGUAACGUCGGUCAUUUUGCAGAAUUCCCCACCGAACGCUAAGAAGAACAAUCUCGGCGGACGGCUAGCCCAGCCCAUCUUUCAGACGCUCAUCGUCACGUGGAUCCGAGCGCACACGAACGUGCCGGUAAAUGCGGGCCUGUGGGACCGUUUUCUGAAGGUGCUGUCCUCGCUAACGCACCGCGAAGAGCUGAUAGUGGAGUGGGAUAAAACGAUGCAAACGCUAACGCGCGUGCUGGCACGGCAAGUGUACAACAUUAACCUUUCCGAUCUGCCCCUGGAUCGGCUGGCCGAGCAGAAAGGCAAACGGAAGCGUGGAACGCCCUCCAACUGGACGGCUGGUGAGAGUGGACGUUCCGUGGCAGCUAGAGAUGGCAUCGGAGCCGGUGCAGUGAACGCAUCCGAUCGACACGGUACGGGAAUGCAUGAUAUCACGUUCACGAAUGGCAGUAACGCCAUCGCGGCGGCAGGAUCGGAUGGCGGGACCGCACAUAUGGGUGGUAGUGCCAAUGGUGUUGGCAGUGGUCAGAACAGAACGGGUCUGGAUGAGGAUCGCAUGAUCAAUGGAGGCGGUGCUGGUUCAAUGACGAACGCGACAACUUCCACCGCUACGUCCGUGGCGGGAGUACUGCGGCUGCAGAGCACGAGAAGCAUACCGGGCACUCCGUCACUGAAUAGAAGCUACAGCGAGGGAAGUCUAAUGUCCGCUCCGUUCCGCAAAUCGCGCGCUCGGCGUCGUUUGCGCAUUGCUGGCCUGGGUUUGACUAUGGGCGGUAACUCACGGGAGCAUCAUACGGCGGCGGAGCAGCACCAUCACAUGGCCGACCAUUCCUUUUCCCGGCUGCUCUCCAACACAUCCACAUUCCUGAGCAUUAGCAGCGAGAAUCUGGAGAUGGCCUCGUUUUCCGAAUGCACGGAAGUCCCGCUCGGAGGCGACAGCCAGGUUGGAUCGGUUGUUGGAGGUGUGGUUCGGCGUGCGGUGUCGCUGGAUUCGGUUCGGCCACCGGGCAGCAGUUCGGGGAAAAAACGUCAUCCCGACGAGGACGGCUACCAUCGGCACAGUCGCGUGGGAGCUAGCUGUGAAGCCGGUGGUUCUCGCAGCCCGUCCCCGACCGCUUCGAGCGGCAUUGAGAGUGGGUCGAUCAAGGACUCUCCGAUGCAGAUCGCCGACGUGCUUACCGCGGACAGCUCCAGCAUCGAUACGCAGGAUGAUCCGCAGUCGUUCGGAGGAUCCUCUUCGUCGAUGGCAACGACCUCCGACCGACGAUCGAUUCUGGCUGGCGGAACGGCUAAAGGCUGGUUGCCAGACGUGGCAGCCGUAAUGUGGCGCCGCAUGCUCGGAGCACUCGGUGACGUCAACAAGAUCCUGAAUCCGAAGCUGCACGCCCAAGUCUACCAGUAUUUGGUCAGCAUGACGGAGAGUUUGAUUAAGAUCCGCAUGAACCAAGGCAUAUCGCUCGAUGGCAGUGGGCACUCGUCGACUAGCGGCGCGUUCCCAAAUGGUACGAAUCUGGUUCCGCCCGUUGCACUGGUAGCACCCUGGUGCUACGGUGCGCUCGCUCUCGACGCCCAGUACGCUCAGGGCAAGCUGUACGCAAUGCAGCUACUGUGCACGAUCGUGCAAAGCGGUGCCAGCUUGGGCAACAAUCAGCUGCCCCUGUUCUACCACGCACUGCACCAAGCGCUGACUGGGGAAGACCGCGCAAUGGCCUACACCGCGCUGCGUUAUCUCGGCGGGCCAAGAUUUCUUAGCCUGCUGCUGCCGGGCCACACGCUGCUGCUGCUUGAUCUGGUACACGCCGCAACGGUGGUGCUGACAUCGUCCGAAACCGGGCCAAACGCUCCUCGGGCACAGGUGGCCGGAUUGCUCGGGUCUCUGCUAUGCUUUCCGCGCACAUCCCUUCCCGGGCCGGUGCUACAACCGUCCGAGCCGCACAUCGAUCUGAUGGAGUGUCCCGAUCUGCAGGAGCACGUGCUGAACGUAGUGCUGCGCUGUGCUCGGCGCGAACCCACCGCGAAAGCUCGCUGCAUCGCGAUCGCGUCGCUCGGCCAAUGGAUCCUGCAGAACCUUACCAACCCUACCGGCCAGCACAACGGCGGGGACGGGGAGCCGGCAUUUAAGCAGAAAGUUCCUCAGCACAGCAGCGAAGCGAGCUCCGCUCGCCGUGACUCGGUAACGCACACCGUGAAUCCGCGCAUACGCGAAGCAUUCCAGGUCAUCUUGCAGGCACUCCAGUUCAAGCACCACACGAUCGCGCGCCUAGCGUCGGAAACGCUGAAACUGUGCGCCGAGCAGGGAGCCCGCAUCGAGCAGAUCGAGCGGCUGCCGCAGCUGAUCAUCGACACGGUGUGCCUCUCGCUGGACAUCCACAACGUGCCGCACCCGAAGGAGUCGGACAAGACGGUGCUGACCUCGCUGCUGCUGACGCUGGGCGAGCUGUGCAUGUCCUUCUCGGUGCGCACGCUGCAGCAACCAAAGCAUCACGACUCGACGGAACCGCUCAUACUGAUCGUGUUUCGCAUCCUGUACAAAAUAGCAACCGGGCUGCAGAAUGGCGAGCGCAUUAAGCUCUUCACGACCGACGAGGACUUUGACUCGACCAUUGUGGUGGAUGACGUGCGGGAAAGCGGCCCGGGUGGUAUCGGGGAAGCGGGCGGGUAUCAAACCGCCGAAACAAUUGCCAGCUGCCAGUCGGCGAUUCGCUUGUGCGCAAAAACGGUGGCGAUGCAUCUGAUCACCAAUCUCGGUCACUUCCCGAUGGGCAUCGGCGCCACGCGGCUCAGCUCGUUGGUCGAUGAGCAGGACGACCUAAUGAGCGCAACGGGCGCUGCGGCCCCGGUUCAUCCGGGCGUUGGUGGCGCGGCUCCGUCCGUUGCGAUGCUGCAGCGGGAAAAUUCCAUCGCGGGCGCUCGUGUUGACGCGAUGGAGCAUGUGCUGGCGUCUCCCAACCUGCAGCUGCUUAUGCUGAGUCCAGAGCUGGUGGCCAGCUUCAUUGAGCUGCCCGCCCUGAAGCUGCCGGGAGGCGGUGCAACGGCGGGCUUACUGACUGCCAAUCGCCAGGUGCGGCUACUGCUUCGCGAUCUGAACGGAAAAGCUUGCUGGGAUGCCUCGAUACUGUACCAGGAACCGGCGCUAUCAGCGGGCUCGAAUGAUACCGACCGAAACGCAACAUUCCAAAGCGCUGCGCCGGUUUCGCGCCACUACGCCUUUGCCACUGUGCCGGCCGGGUCUGGUCAGCUGGCUGGAGCCGGCGGCGUUACAGCAAGACAUUUUGCUAGUGGUAGCGCUUCAAUCGAUCCACUCAUGUCCACCGCUAUCGGGCUACCAAUGUCACACGGUCCGCGGCACACGCUACGGCACCGGCCGGUCCAUCAGCUACCCGUUGCCAAGGAUUUGGCACCCGAUUUGGACCAACUGGAUGAUCUUCUACAAUACAUUGGCUACACUAGCCCGGAAUGCUUGGACAGCUCCGAGGUACCGCUAAACACGGCCGGGCCAAGCCCGCUGGGAGCGGCCCUUGAAGGGCAGACUAUUUCUAUCAUUCUGAAUCAGCGCACGAUCGAAGCCGAGGCAGUUGCUCGCCAAAAUGCAGGAACCACUGGCCAGCCGGGCGUGGAUCGCUCGCUGCCAAGUGGAACCUCCUCCUACCCGACGCUUGUGAGCAGCAGCGGCUAUGGUAGCUAUUCGCCGGGCCAAUCCUACUCAGAUGACUCCGGGACGGGCACCAUCGCAAGAGCGGCCAACACAAUGCAAACCCAACAACAGCAACAGCAGCUGGAUCGUAGCGAUGCUGCAACGAAACCAUUCCAACUCGGGCGCAUCCUGUUCAACCAGCUCGGUCUCGCCGGCUGGGAACGGCGCAAGCGGACCCACCUGCUCCAGCGUACCGACAAGCUGCUGCGCGAGUUGCGCAAUCUCGAUAAUCAAAAGUGCCGCGAAACGCACAAGAUGGCUGUGAUUUACGUGGCGAACGGGCAGGAGGACAAGGGCAGCAUUCUGCGCAAUGCCUGUGGCAGCAGUACUUACGAGAUGUUCGUGUCUGCGCUCGGCUGGGAGGUGGAGCUGGAGUCGCACAACGGCUUCCUGGGCGGGCUGCCGAGGCAGGGCUGCGGUCAGACCGCGCCCUACUACGCCACGCCGUUUCUGGAGGUGAUCUAUCACGUGUCCACCCGCAUGCCGUCCGACACGCCGGAAGCAAUACUGAACAAAACGCGCCACCUCGGCAACGACGAGGUGCACAUCGUGUGGAGCGAACACAACCGCGACUACCGGCGCGACAUCCUGCCGACCGAGUUUUGCGAUGUGCUGAUCGUCAUCUAUCCGCUGAAGAGUGGGCUGUUUCGGGUGACGGUCAACAAAAAGCCGGAGGUGCCGUGGUUUGGUCCGCUGUCGGACGAGAUGGUCGUUGGGGGUGCCUGUUUGGCCAGCCUGGUGCGUGCAUCCGCGAUCAAUGCAAGCCGAGCGAAGCGAAGUUCCCUCCCGCUGUACCAGCAGUAUUACGAGGAGCGUAACCGGUCGAUCGAUACGGUUGCAUUACGUCAUCGGGAAAACAGUACGUUCGAAGACUUUACCGCUCGCAUCUUCUGUCCGAUUGCGCCCCAAACCGGUGGCAAGUUCGGUGGCGGGACCGGUGGUGGAACACCAGCAGCAGCAGGGUCGUCGAUCGCCUCUGGCACGAAUGCAUCGGCUCCGCUGGCGGCCGCGCUAAUCGACCAUCACAGCCGUGGACCAUCGAAAACGUGGAUACACCAUCCGGAAAUGGUUGCUACGGCCCGCGAGGUAACGCAGCAAACGCUUGCCUCCGUAUCGCUGGACCAACCGUCUCCCCGACCGCUGCGCAAGCUGCACCACCCGUUCAAGGCUGUACCGAAGGGUAAAGUCAACCAGCAUAGCAUCGCUGCCGCUGGCGGAUCGAUGGCCUCGAGUGGCAGUAUCUAUGGUGCAGGUAUGUCGACUGCCUCCACGGGCAUGAGCGUGCCCGUCGGUGUGGCAGGAGGGUCCACACCGCCAGAAAGCCCAACCCUGCCGGGACGUAAGAUUAAAUGAGAUUGGUGGUAGCUUCGGGCUGCCGCGAUCGAGCUGUCUUUGCUGCACCGGGCACCGGUUCGACCGGCGAAGGAAGCAGCCCCCGCCGUCCCUAUCUUACCUAUCAAAGAUGAGAGAAAAACUUGUAACCCUGGUGACACGAGCGGUAACGACGACCCUAAUGACAGCGAGCAUCCUGACGAACCGACUGGUCGCCUGCUACCAUCUGAUCUAGCGCCGUUGCUCAGCCAGCGAUACGAUGUGACGAUAGUGGCCCGAAUAACGGCCUGUUUCUGUGGCAAGUAGCUACAGCGGGCAGCAAGCAAAGCAUCCGCCACAUGAAGCGUUGUGAUGGAAAAGUGUGGCUGACGCAAACCAUCUUUUCUAUAUUGUUUGAUGUUUCGUUUGCUAUUUCGUCACUUUCGUUGGCAUACGUGUGCGUUGCUGUAAAGCAAGCGGUCCCUACAAAACGACAGCAGACCGGGAAUGGAAAUUAAAAUUAGUUUAAGAGCAACAAAUACUUAGCUUUAACAUGGUGUCGUAGAUAGGCGGAGCGGUUCGCGCGUAUCAAGCGAAGAUGCGUGCGCAAAACACGCAACAGGCACAGAUGGUUUAUUAGAAACGUAUACACAGACAUUUAUAUAUUUAUUUAUUAACAAUAUUAACAAUGAAACAUUGGUAGGUAGGCUCGGGCGUGAGCAUAACGAAAGCGCUCACGGAAAGGAAUUAAAACAGAAAAAAAGUAUGUUGUGGUGAUCCCACGCUCGUUUGUAAGAAAUCAAACGAAGUGCACGGGGCGCGAAAUACAGACAGCACUCAGAAAAUCGUCCAUUAAUUGUUAGUAUACCACACUGUGAGGUAUUAAUUUGUUACUAUUUUAUUAUUAUGCUAUAUUAUUCGUCUUUUUACCAUUUUUUGUUUGUUCGUUUGUUCGUUUCAACACACUUACACUCCAUUUAACGUAUUGAGUUUUGUUACGCACGUCACACGCUGUAGGGUUAAGUUAAUAGAGAGCAAUCAAACGAAUCGAGUAAUAACUGUACUAAGGCGUUGAAGGGCACAUCAUUUUGCAAACGUGACUCUAGCAUAUAUUGUUGUUGUUGUUGUCGUCGUUGGCGGCUGCUGCGUGGUGUGUAUUUUCUUUUUUUUCUGGUUUUGGUUCGACUACUGAGGUCGGAAUUUGUCGGAAGCUGGUUGCAAACAAAAACCGGCAGCAUAGAUCUGAACAGUUUUGAAAAGGUUUUGAUUUGAAAAAAAAAGGUUGUGUUGGUGUGGCAAAACCAGCGCAUGCAGCUAUCGCAAUAGUAAUUGUACGAUUUAUUAAUCAUGGUGGAAAAAUCACUUAAUUAUUCAUUUGCCUCAUGCAACAGUAUCGAUGAGUUGCGCUAAUCCCGUCAGCAUCUCGCAAAUAAGGUAGAUAGACAUUAUUUUCUGUUUGUUUUCUAAUUGGAAUUUUGGCUGAACAAAACAAAACAACAACAUUCGAAUGUGAUUGAUGAGAUGGUACUGAUGAAUUGGUCGUCGCGUAGGUGUGUAGCUAUUUUUUUAAGCAACACCUUACACGAAAAGGGACAAAUAAAAUUUGAUAGAUAGAGCCAGUACCCCCGAGCAGAUACUGUCGGAACAAAAGAACAAUAUGUAACCAAGAUGCAAUACGAUACAGCAGCAUUCGCAGCAGAGAGUAAUAGCAGCGGUAAGGGAAGAUUAGCGUUUUUGCUCGUGCGGGAAGGUGAUAAUUUGUUAAAUGUUGCGCUCAUAUAUUGUCAGUAUUUCGAUGGCAGCAAACAACCCGAUCGCUUCGUUUGCGUAGAACCACGCAAGUGCAGCGUGGCAGGGAGUAGGAGGAAAGAGGCAGUUAGCAGAUCGGUGAAAUGUUUGUUUGUAACAAGGCAAACAACAAAAACAAAACGAAAAAACAAUCGCACACUCGCGCACACGCUUAUUACAACGUACACACAUUUAGCCGCGACAUUGUGCACCACAAACAAUAAGAAGGCGCAUGCAAUAGUUACAGAACAAUUUUGCUAACGAAACAAAAAAUCCAACUUUCAACAAUCUCCUUCUCCUUCAAGCUGUUGUGUGCUAAGCCCGUUGCAAAUGUAAUAACUAAUUGCAAAUCCAAAAUAGUGGUAGAAAUGUUAACCUGACCUGUCUUACUUGGCACGUUCAAGAGAGCGCAUAACACAACCCGCUACACAUACACGCAAGCGCACCCGCUAGGCUUAGCGCGGAUGCAUUGAAACCAAAAUUGACUCUAAAAUAAAGUGCAAACCAAAUAAGCAAAA